AUGAUCAUCACGGCCUAUAUGACUAGGGCACUACAGCUGCUCACCAAGUCGACCAAGAAGGCCGAAGUGGAACGAGCCGAAGAGCUGGGCGAGGACCGUGACGAAAUCCCCAUAGCCGAGACCCCCCUCGAGGACGAGUCGCGCCUCACCUCGGCAGCUGGCUCAACCGUAGCUCUUCUCAACCUCUCCGCUCCCCCACGCGCCCAGGAACCCGUAUCCAUAGCUGGGAGGCAGUCCGACCCGCCCAGCAGAGACGAGGAGCAGAGCCCAGACCCAGGCCUCAUGAUGCGCCGGCAGGUCCCGCCGCCGCCAGCCCGGUGCCGCAUCUGGGCCGCCCACAUCUCCAACCGGAUAGACAUCCUCACGUACGCCCUCAUCCUGCUCUUCGUCGGCAUCCCCGUCUUCUUCGGGGCGGGCUACUCCAUGCCCCUGCACCUGUGCGUCAACGUCCUCGCCUACUUCGGCGCCUCGGCCAUCCCGCACUCCUGGCGCCGCUUCCUGCACCCGGUCAUCGUCAGCGCCUUCGCGACCGCCGUCACCAUCUACGUCUUCGGCCUCAUGCGCGGGCAGGGGCUGCCCGAGACGCUGCACGAGUACCGCACGGGGCUCAAGUACCUCCAGCUCUGGGAGGGCGCGCGGGCGGACGGCGGCGAGAAGCCCGGCGCCGGCGACAUGCUCGGCACCGUGCUCGACGCGAGCAUCGUCGCGCUCGCGCUGCCCAUGUUCCAGUACCGCCGGGAGCUCAAGGAGCACUUCCUCGCCAUCGUGGUGCCCAACGUCCUGCUGUCGGUCGGCACGCUCUUCUCGCAGCCCUACAUAUGCUAUGUCCUCGGCAUCAGUCCCCAGCGCAGUCUCGCCUUCGCGGCUCGCAGUCUGACGCUGGCGUUGGCCAUACCGGCCGUGGAGAACCUCAAGGGAGACCACGACACCAUCGCUGCGGUGGCGAUCAUGAGUGGUGUUGUUGGUGCCCUGGUAGGGCAGAAGAUGCUGGACUGGCUCAAGAUUCCUGAUGAUGACUACGUCACGCGAGGCGUCACCCUGGGAGCGAAUUCUUCGGCCGUGGCAACUGCACUGCUCUUGCGGACAGAUCCACGCGCUGCGGCCCUUUCCAGUCUAUCGAUGAGCCUGUUUGGCGCCAUUACUGUUCUCUUCACCUCGAUUCCGCCCAUGACAGCGGUCAUACGCUCCCUCGUUGGCUUAUAG